AUGGCUUAUUCUCGCUUCACGCUCCCAUCGCUUACGACGUCGAUCCCCCCGACGAGCUCGAGUUCGUCUUCAAGCUCGCCGUUGACGCCUCUUUCGGAACUAAACUUACUCUCCAACACCCCCAGUGGGAUUCUCACUCCGAACACGAGCCUCGAUGUUCGCAAGUCGACGAGCGGCUACAUCACCUACCCCGAACCAUCGUUCCCGCCCCGUCAGCUCACGCCGCCUCCAAAGAGUCGCUUCGUCCCUCUGUUCGAAAGCAUCUCUAAAUCGACCGAGACCGAGUAUGAUUUCUCCCGGCGGGGCUCACUCGGCGACGAUGAGGCCUCGCCCGCUCAUGGUGCCCAUAGCUUGCCUUUUUCCCCAGUCAUCUCCAAGCAGACGCGAAAGAACCUCUCGUUGACGGUCGUCUCUUCUUCCGUUGAGCCCGCCCUCAAGUCGGCCCCCCUCACGUCGAGCUUUAGUGGAUCUCUCUGGGGCUGCCACUCCGGCAAGUCUGCGUCGCUGAACGAGAGCCUCCAUGAGGCGAUCCGCACCCUUCAGCAUCAGCUCAACGCGACCACGCAGCGUCUUCGUUCCGCAGAUGCGGAGGUGGCUCGCCUGACGGGUGCCUACCAGCAAUCUCUAGAGGACAAGGAGAAGCUCCUUUUCAAUUACUCUAGAGCUCAGAAGCGUGUUGAAGAGUUAGAGGUCUUGCUCAAGGGCGAGCUCCCCCAUUACCGUCAUCCGACGUCCCUGGACAUGCGAGGACCCAUCAACUGGACACCAUAUCAAUCCACAAGCCUCACGGCAAAGGAAAAUAAAGGCUUGACGUGGCAGGAGGAACUCACGCGCAAGGUAUCACCCGAACAGCGACGCAACGAAGGCCAUUGCGAACCCAGCGAGGACACUACCGCAGAGACGGCAGCUACUGUCGAACCCGUAACCGAGGAAGCAUACAAGACUGUCCUCACAAAGAUUCCAGAGAUGCCCUCCGAGGUCAUUAUCUCAACCUUGGCCCCCGCCUUUCUCGCAUCUGGAUUUAAUUGGAACAACUGGCUCGAAUCAAAUGGCUUGGAGCUUCCACGGAGUGCAAGGCUCCUCUCGAACAUGAACUGGGACGAACGUCUGAGCCUCGACUCAGCCAAACUUGGGGAGGUCGGCGUAACGAAUGAAAACGACAAGUCCUACAUCAUGCGUAUCCUCAAGGCGAUUGCAGAGGGAGAGGAACCUCAUCUCCAUUCGUCUCUCCGAGGUGCUGGAUUCACUCCGGAUCACUAUGUCGCCAUCAUGCGGGAACAACGAAUUGACAAGCACGUGCCCAACCUUUCUGGGAUUCCAUGGCCAUUGCGUCUCUUUGUCGACGAGGAGGACUUGAUGACGCUCCAAGUUCAGAAGGCAGGCGCUCGAGGAACGAUCAUCACUGUCUUUGGAGGGUUGAGAAAGGGAGGGCCACGCCCCGAUCCUCGUCCCAGGCGUGGAACGAAAAAGUCCAAGCGCACCAGAUCUGACCACGUUCUUGCUACCUUGGAGAUCAACACGGCGGGAGACAAGUCCUCUGGAAAUAGGUUCAUCGGAGACAAAUCCCGCGCUCAGCCUAUAAAGUUUGGCAUGGGCCGUCCCACCGCGCAUAUGGCAGGAUCCCUUGACAAGAACACUCCGACCCAUCGAAGCGCUGCUAGCAAUAGCAGCUCCUCUUCUUGGUUCGGACCGCGAAUGUAA